CUUUUCUUCUAUUGAUUUAAGGAGCUGGAGCCAGCAUGCCAAUGUGGGACUUCAUUGGAAGCACAAUAGUAACCAAUAAUUACAUAAGGCUCACUCCUGAUCGACAGAGUAAACGAGGUGCAAUAUGGAACAAAGUUCCAAAUGAAUCUCCAAAUUGGGAGAUACAUUUGCAAUUUAAAGUUCAUGGUCAGGGUAAAACUCUUUAUGGAGAUGGUUUUGCACUCUGGUACACAAAAGAAAGGAUGCAGAUAGGUCAAGUAUUUGGAAGUAAAGAUUAUCACAUAGGGCUUGGAAUAUACUUUGACACCUACAGUAAUCACAAUGGACCUCAUAAUGUAAGUUUUGUCAAUUUUUAAACUUCUCUUUUCUUUUCCUACAACUCCUCCUUCCGACAACCCCAUCUGGUGGUCUUUAGCGGCCGCCAAUGGGAGGGUGGAUGGACACCCAGCAGCACGAAAAAAAACAGCUGAACAAAGUGCGGAUG